GGUGUCUCCGGAUGCUCGGUGUAAACUCUCUGACUUGACUCAGUGGUGUUUCUGCGGGUUCUGGACGCGGUGGAAAGCAGCCAGAUAGAAAUCUAUAAAGAUGGCUUCGGCAACAGCAACCUAUGGACAAAAAGAGUCCUCAGACCAGAACUUUGACUAUAUGUUUAAGAUCCUCAUUAUUGGGAACAGCAGUGUGGGAAAAACCUCCUUUCUAUUCCGCUACGCCGACGACUCCUUCACACCGGCCUUCGUCAGUACAGUGGGUAUCGACUUCAAGGUGAAGACCAUCUACAGAAAUGACAAGAGGAUCAAGUUACAGAUCUGGGAUACAGCAGGUCAGGAGCGUUAUCGCACCAUCACCACGGCCUACUACAGAGGAGCCAUGGGCUUCAUCCUGAUGUACGACAUCACCAACGAGGAGUCCUUCAACGCCGUCCAGGACUGGUCGACUCAGAUUAAAACGUACUCGUGGGACAACGCCCAGGUGCUGCUGGUAGGAAACAAAUGUGACAUGGAGGACGAGCGCGUGGUGAGCGGAGAGAGAGGCCGGCAGCUGUCUGAACACCUCGGGUUCGAGUUCUUCGAGGCCAGCGCCAAGGACAACAUCAACGUGAAGCAGACCUUCGAGCGUCUGGUCGACAUCAUCUGCGAAAAGAUGUCGGAGAGCCUGGACGCCGGAGAUCCUGCCGUGACGGGGGCCAAACAGGGGCCCCAGCUGACAGAGCAGCCGGCCCCCCCCCACCAGGACUGUGCAUGUUAAAGCUCCUCCCUCCACACCCCUUCGUCCCCCUCCCUCCUCCUCCUCCUCCUCCUCCUCCUCCAGUGGGACCCCAGGGGCUUCUGGUUCAUCAUCCUCUUCACUCACUUUCCUGCUUCUUUAAUCCAGUCCGGAUCACGGCUGACGGUGACAGGAACCGGGUCGGAGAGGGUCUGAAAUACUCUGAGAUGCUGGUGGACCAGUGCGUUCUCCCCUGGUUCCUUAAAUCACUGCAGGUCUUGGUCUGAUGCCAAAGCAAGUUCAGUCAAAACAGAGUAUUUUGGACUCUUUGCGACCCGGGUUCUUGAAGGUUCUCUCUUGCGUUGUCCCCCCCCCGUUCCUCGGUGUGGUUUUACAAGAAGGAUUUGACGGCGUCCGCCCUCAGAGUGCCAUUUAAAUCCUUCCGAUGUUUACAGUACUUUGUUUCAUGUCAGUCACACGUCUUGAAAAGAUAUCAGCCUCGGGUUCGGUGUUCCAGAAGGCAGCAGUUGUGAAGUUAUGAAGUUAUGUGUCGUCCUGCAAACAGAUAGCGAUGUGUUUGGUUUCUUUUGUGGUUCUGGGUAAAAACAGAACCAAAAUCCAUAGAUCUGUAUUGGGUUUGUUGCGUUGCCUGCUGUUUGAGGAUGAAUACUCUGCAAAAAGUAAAAAUCUUACCAAGUGUAUUUUUUUCAUUUCUAGUCAAAAUAUGUCAUCACACUUAAAAUAAGACAGAAUCACCUAAAGAGUAACUUUUCAG